ACCAGUGUCGCAUAGGAAAAUCGCUGCGUAAUUUAACAGUUAAACCUCAUCUACUGAAUUUCUUUCUUCGAUGUUUUAACAAACGCGUUGACUUCAUGAAUUAAACUGCAAUCCAAAAUGAAAUUUCCAACGGAAAACCCAAGGAAACCAGGGAACUGGAACCCUCAACCUGUGCCAGUGCAAACCAACCUGGUGCCACCAAAGAAAGUUCAGCCCGGGAUGUUGCAGUCCAGCUUGGUUCAGGCCAGUGUGGCCACCAUGCAGAACCCAAUGGGCUGCUCAUUACCUCGCCUUUCGGUCUCACGACCCGCCAGUAUGGUGGCCAGCAUGGAAGGAGUGGCAGACGGCUCAGCCCUCCUCACAGUCAUGAAGUGGAAGACUGUUCUAGCUGUCUUUGUGGUGGUGGUAGGGUACCUGGUCGCUGGCGGUCUUGUGUUCCGAGCCCUGGAGCAACCAUUUGAGAGCAACCAAAAAGACACCAUCACCUUGAAGAAAGCCGCCUUCCUGCAGAAACAUCCCUGCGUGACCUCUGAGGAGCUGGAAGAGCUCAUCAAGCACUCUGUAGAUGCAGUAAACGCUGGAGUGAGUCCUAUCGGAGACACAUCAUACAACUCCAGUCACUGGGACUUAGGAAGUUCCUUCUUCUUUGCUGGAACUGUGAUUACAACAAUAGGGUAUGGUAACAUUGCUCCAAGCACAGAGGGUGGGAAGAUUUUCUGUAUUCUAUAUGCAAUAUUUGGCAUCCCACUCUUUGGCUUUCUUCUGGCUGGUGUUGGAGAUCAACUGGGGACUAUUUUUGUGAAGAGCAUUGCAAAAGUGGAGAAAAUGUUCAAGCGGAAACACAAUCAGAUUAGCCAGACCAAGAUCCGAGUGACCUCUACGUUGCUCUUCAUCCUGGCUGGCUGCAUCAUCUUCGUCACCAUACCAGCCAUUAUCUUUAAGUACAUUGAAGGAUGGACUGGGCUAGAAGCAAUCUAUUUUGUGGUUAUCACCCUGACUACUGUUGGCAUUGGGGAUUAUGUUGCAGGAGGCAAUAGAAGAAUAGAGUACCGUAAAUGGUACAGGCCGCUGGUGUGGUUCUGGAUUCUGGUUGGACUGGCUUACUUUGCUGCAGUUUUGAGCAUGAUUGGAGACUGGCUGAGGGUUCUUUCUAAAAAGACAAAAGAGGAGGUGGGUGAAAUCAAGGCUCAUGCAGUUGAGUGGAAGGCCAAUGUUCGAGCUGAGUUCCGUGAGACCAGGCGUAGACUCAGUGUGGAAGUUCAUGACAAACUUCAGAGGGCCGCCACUAUUCGCAGCAUGGAGCGCAGGCAGUUGGGUUUCGAUCAGCGCACCCAUUCAUUAGACAUGUUGUCUCCUGAGCGUCGAGCUGCUUUCAACAGCUUGGAUGCCACCAAUUUCAAGACAUCCUCCCAGGAGAGCAUUGACACAAAGCUCAACAACCUCCAUUUACGAGUUGAUCAUCAACAGAGUGACCCAAGCCAGGCUUACUCUGAAGAUAACCUUUUCAACCGCCUUGGUUCUGUCACAAAACUAGCCAAGCGGAACAAGAACAAAGAGUUGAGGAAGAACAUCCCAGACGACAGUCAAAAAGCCUUAGAUUCCUUUGGUUGUAAUAAUCCCACAAUGGAUGAGGAGAAGAAAGUGGCACUUGAAGACGAGGAGCUUGAGAAGGAGGACAACACUAGUCUGACCAACUUGCCUCUCUUUGUGGAGAUCCCCAAUUUACAAAAUGGAUUCAUGCCUCUUCCGCCACAGGCCAAAGUGGAAGAAAGUGAGACAAAACUUGAACACGGAGACUUCCAUAUGCAGAUGGAGCCCUAGAAAGAACAAAGUCCUAAUAGGAAUAGUGGUUUAAAAAAUAAUAUAUACCGAAAGUGCCUUGUUUAGCCCUUACCCUGAGCUGAGAUUUGAGAAUCUCAAUUUCUGCUGUUCAUUUUAACUGUUCACUGUGUCCUGAUAACUUGAUAUUGUAAUAUAAUUCAGUAGCAACUGAAAGAAACCUGUUUCACUUCUUCAGACCACUGAAUUAAAAUAAUUGUUGUAACCUUGGAAAA